UUUCAUAUCAUGGCGUUCGACUGGGGCACCCUUGACCCGGAGGCGCUCAACACUGCUAAGGUCGUCGAGCUGCGCGAGGUGCUGAAGAAGAAUGGCAUCUCUGCUCCGUCGCGGGCGCGCAAGGCCGAGUACAUCGAGAUUCUGGUGAAUGCGGCAGGGACCGGCAGCGCAGGGCCCAAGCCGAGCAAGAAGAAGUCGAAGAAGAAGUCUGUCAAGAAGCCCGUUGUCAAGUCACAGCCCAAGGACGAGGCCGCUCCGGCCAAGAAGGCCUCGACCAAAAAGAAGGCCUCGACCAAGACCGCUGCUAAGAAGAAGGCUUCGACCAAGGGCGAGCCCAAGCGGGCGGCCAAGGGUGGAAAGUCGGCGCUCAUCGCCCAGACUCCGUCGUCGCCGCCGUCCAAGCCGCUGCCCGCGCCGGCGGGGCUGACCUCGCCGAGCAAGCCGGCAGCUUCGCCGGCCUCCGACGGCUCGACGCCGGCAGCUGUGCCUGUGCCCACUAUCACGCCCUUCCUCUACGUGCCGAACUUGAUCGGCUACGCGCGGGUCGCCCUCCUCGUCUACGCCGGGUGGACAUGCCUCGACCAGCCGCUGGUCUCGAUCUGCGCCUACAUGCUCUCGAUGUUCCUGGACGCAUUUGACGGUAUGGCGGCCCGGCACUUUGGCCAGGCGUCGCAGUUUGGCGCGGUGCUGGACAUGGUCUCGGACCGCGUCACCACCAUGUACCUCUGCGGCGUCCUCGCCCAUCUCUAUGACAGCCACAUGCUCAUCUUUGUCUUCCUCAUCGGCCUCGACUUUGCCUCGCACUGGAUCCAUAUGUACGCCUCGAUGCUCAAGCAGAAGACCUCGCACAAGGCUGUCUCUCGCGACUCGAACCUCAUCCUGCACGCCUACUACAACGUGCCGUACCUCAUGUUCUUUGUCUGCUUCUUUGCCGAGUCGUUUUACGUCCAGCUCUUUGUCCUUGCCAACGAGAACAACGGCAACAUCAACCUUAACUGGACUGUGCCGUACAACGGCAAGUCGUACUCGUUCUUCUACGUCUGCCUCCUCGUCUCCGCCCCGUUCUUUGUCUUUAAGCAGAUCGCAAACGUGGUCCAGCUCCUCGAGGCCUCGUGCGACAUUGUUGCACUCGAUGUUGCCAAGCGUGGCUAAUGAUGUAAACUCGCGCAUAAGUG